CACUGAGAGAGUGACUGCUGGCUAGUGAGAAUCUUUCUAUGCUGUCUUCCAUCCUCCGUCCGAUGAUCUGAUCCAAUCAAACGAUCUUCGUCUUCCUUCGUCUCUAAACCCUUUACUUAACAAUGAUAUCUCUUAAACCCCUUCCUACCAACCUGAAUUCCUCAUUCUUCCGCUCCUUAACCCCAUUUAAACUCUUCACUCCCAAAACCCAAACCCUAAAAUCCUCAAAAUCCCAUUCCCAUUCCGCUAUUAAAUCCGUCCUCCAAUGGAAUAGGAAGCCCGAAUUGGCUGGAGAGACCCCACGCGUUGUAGUAAUCACCUCCGGCAAAGGUGGCGUCGGCAAGACAACCACCACCGCGAAUGUCGGCCUCUCAUUGGCUCGUCUCGGCUUCUCCGUCGUAGCGAUCGACGCCGAUGUUGGUCUACGAAAUCUUGACCUUCUCCUGGGCCUUGAAAAUCGCGUGAAUUAUACCCUCGUUGAGGUUAUGAACGGCGAUUGCCGCCUGGACCAAGCCCUAGUGCGUGACAAACGGUGGUCCAAUUUCGAGCUUCUGUGCAUCUCGAAACCUCGCUCGAAGCUGCCAUUGGGAUUCGGUGGCAAGGCACUGGUUUGGCUGGUGGAGGCACUAAAAACCAGGCCAGAAGGCUGCCCAGAUUUUAUAAUUAUAGAUUGUCCGGCGGGGAUCGAUGCAGGGUUCAUUACGGCCAUAACUCCAGCGAAUGAGGCAGUGCUCGUCUCAACACCCGACAUUACGAGCCUGCGAGACGCGGAUAGAGUAACGGGGCUGUUGGAGUGCGAUGGGAUUAGGGAUAUAAAGAUGGUUGUGAAUAGAGUGAGGACUGAUAUGAUUAAAGGCGAGGACAUGAUGUCAGUGCUGGAUGUGCAGGAGAUGUUGGGGUUGGCGUUGUUGGGGGUGAUUCCAGAGGAUUCAGAAGUGAUUAGGAGCACCAAUAGGGGAUACCCACUUGUGUUGAAUAAGCCCCCUACACUGGCAGGGUUGGCGUUCGAGCAGGCUGCUUGGAGACUUGUUGAGCAGGAUACUAUGAAGGCUGUUAUGGUGGAGGAGGAGCCCAAGAAACGUGGGUUUUUCUCCCUUUUUGGAGGAUAAACAUUGGUUGCUUGCUGUUAUUUGCUUUACGUUAAAUUUUGCAAGCUAAUUGUUGGCUGUGUGAAGGGGAGAGGGAGCUGUGUACAGUUGGUUAGUGAUGUUUUAUGUUUUGAUUUUUUUUUUCAGUGAUUUGAAGUUUCCGAUAGAGAUAUUUCUUGUAUUAGUUCUUGGGCUGCUAAUUUGGAUGCCCUUGUUGUUGAAUGAGGAUUGUUUUUUUCCAUUUUUCAGUUAA